CGGGGGUGGGUGGGGGUUAUUGUUGUGAUAAGGUUCGACAUGUCGUUUGGGUGCUCGAUCCGCGUUUCGAGCACGUCCUGUGAUGCAACAGCAAUUGCGUUUCAACACUACGGAUUCACAAACAGCCGCUGCCACCAAGAAGCCUUUCUCCAAGUGGCGCGCGUUAAAGAAUGUAGUCAAGUAUGGUUUGGUUGCUAGUGUUGCCUACGGUACUUACACCAUGUACGACCAGCGUCAUCCUCCAGAACAACAAGGCGAAAUCGAUCCCAGCAAAAAGACGAUUGUUGUGUUGGGCAGUGGUUGGGCAUCCACAUCGUUCUUGAAAGCCAUCGAUACGGAGCAGUACAAUGUCGUCGUUGUGUCUCCGCGGAACUACUUUUUGUUCACUCCUCUUUUGCCCAGUUGUACCGUGGGCACCAUUGAUGUCCGCUCCCUCGUCGAGCCUAUUCGCUUCAUCACUCGUCACAAGUCAAGACAAGUCCGCGUCGUGGAGGCUGAAUGUACCGAUGUGGAUCCUGAGCGCAAGGUCAUCACUAUUACAGAUAAUUCCGAUAUUAAGGGUCAAGCUUCCACGAGCGAGCUUUCUUAUGAUUACUUGAUUGUCGGCGUUGGCGCCAUGAACCAGACUUUUGGUAUCAAGGGUGUCGAGCAGUACGGUUGUUUCUUGAAGGAGGUCUGGGAUGCACAAAAGAUCCGUACCAAGGUAAUGGAUUGUAUCGAGACUGCCGCCUUCCCUGGCCAGUCCUCUGAAGAAAUCGAGCGUUUGUUGCACAUGGUUGUCGUCGGUGGUGGUCCAACCGGUAUCGAAUAUGCCGCCGAACUCCACGACUUUUUGGUGGAUGAUUUGACCGCGUGGUACCCAGAAUUGGCUGGUAAGGUCAAGAUUACCUUGGUCGAGGCUCUGCCCAACGUUCUUCCUGCCUUCUCCAAGCAAUUGAUCGACUACACCGAAUCCACAUUCAAGGAGCAAAACAUCAACAUCCACACCAAGACGAUGGUCAAGGAAGUGUGUGAAAAGGAAAUUGUUGUGCAGCGACCCGACGGAACCAAGGACACGAUCCCUUAUGGAUUGCUUGUGUGGGCUACUGGCAAUACCACCCGACCCCUUGUCCGUAAUCUGAUGGCCAGAUACCCCGAACACCAAAACAUCCGUCGUGGUCUGGCGGUGGAUGACUGGCUCUGCAUGGAAGGUACCAAGGAAAUCUUUGCCCUCGGCGAUGCCAGUGCUACAAAGUAUGCUCCCACCGCCCAGGUUGCUGCUCAACAGGGCAAGUACCUUGCUCGUGUGUUUGCACAGCUUGCGUCCCAAGAAACUCUGGAGGCUGAAGUGGCUGCUGCUACCAGUGAGGAUGAAAAGGCCAAGAAGAUGCGUAAGCUGCAAAAGGCAAAGGACAUUAAGCCUUUCCAUUACUCGCAUCAAGGAUCCUUGUGUUACAUUGGUUCCGAUAAGGCCAUUGCCGAUCUUCCCUUCGGUCCUGGUAACGUCGCUUCCGGUGGUGUAGCAACCUACGCAUUCUGGCGCUCUGCUUACAUCUCCAACCUCUUUUCCACCCGUAACCGUACGCUGGUCAUCACUGACUGGUUGAAGAAGACCAUCCUGGGUCGCGAUAUCUCUAGAGAAUAGAUUAGAUUUUUGAUUUUUUGUUGUUGUUUAUUAUCAUUAUUGCUUUUUGACAGCCGCCCCCUCUCCCCUCCAAGACCAUUCCAUUCUACACUUACUUCAUUUAUUACUUUUUCUUCUUUUAUGCAUCAUUCCUAUCUUAUACACAGCAACAGCUAUAGAUCUCUCUUUUUGAAAUAUGUACUUCUUUUUCUCAUAUGUCAUUUCUAUCGGGCCAUGUAUAUGCCUCGGACUAUCCGCUUUUGUAAGCAGCCUUUACCAUAAGAGGUCAUGGCUGUUGCCUCUUAAGGUACACACACAUGACGUUUCUAUGAAAGACAUCGGGCAUUGAGUAUCUAUUGA